GUCUUUAACCAGUCAGAGCAGUCUAUGCAGAACAGUAUAGACGAAGCAGGAGGAGUUGCUACCCUGGUUGCUGUCAGUUGUACAGGCGAGAAUGUAGGGACUCAGUAGCUUUAAUUGUUCUUGCAAUAUGAAGAAUGGAAGAAGACGAUGUGACUAUUAGAGAGCAGAAUUUCCACAGCCAAGUUCGGGAGUACAUCAUUUGCUUCCUCCUGUUUGCCGUCCUCUACAUCGUGUCCUACUUCAUCAUAACCAGAUACAAGAGGAAGAGUGAUGACCACGAGGAUGAAGAUGCUGUUGUCAACAGAAUAUCAUUGUACUUGUGCACCUUCACUCUGGCAGUGUCGGGUGGUGCCGUCUCCUUAUUGCCUUUCUCAAUCAUUAGUAAUGAGAUCCUGCUCUCCUUCCCCCAAAACUACUACAUUCAGUGGCUCAAUGGCUCCCUCAUUCACGGUCUGUGGAACCUGGUGUCACUGUUCUCCAAUCUUUGCCUCUUCGUCCUGAUGCCAUUUGCCUAUUUCUUUUUGGAGUCUGAGGGAUUUGCAGGAUCGAAAAAGGGCAUUAAAGCACGCAUUUUGGAGACCUUUGUGAUGCUCUUUCUCCUGGCAUUGCUCAUUCUUGGAAUUGUGUGGGUGGCAUCAGCCCUCAUUGAUAAUGAUGUAGCCAGUAUGGAGUCACUCUAUGAUCUUUGGGAGUUCUACCUGCCAUACCUCUAUUCCUGUAUUUCUCUGAUGGGAGGACUCCUUUUACUAAUGUGCACUCCUGUGGGGUUGUCCAGGAUGUUUACCGUCAUGGGCCAGUUGCUAGUGAAGCCGACAAUCCUUGAGGACCUGGAUGAGCAGAUUUACUGCAUCCAUUUGCAGGAGGAAACCCUUCAGAGGAGAUUAAACGGGUCUUCCACACACGCUUAUACCAGAGGGAGCUUUGCUCACCAGCUCAACAAAGAACUGGACAAUAUUAGAAAUCAGAGGAAUAAAUUGGAGAGAAGAAAGAAGGCAUCGGGAUGGGAGAAGAACUUGUUGUAUCCCAUAGUGAUGCUGAUCCUGCUCACAGGAACGACAAUCUCUGUUCUUCUGGUGGCACUGAACAUCCUCUAUCUUCUAGUAGAUGAGACUGCCAUGCCCAAGGGAUCCACAGAUCGAGCCAUUGGGAACACCUCUUUGUCCACAUUUGGUGUGGCUCAGGCAGUGCUGGAGAUUGUCCUCAUAUUCUACUUGAUGGUGUCUUCUGUCGUUGGCUUCUACAGUCUGCGUGUCUUUGAGGGACUCACUCCCAGGAAGGAUGACACAACCAUGACAACGAUCAUUGGUUGCUGUGUCUCCAUCCUGGUGCUGAGCUCAGCCUUGCCAGUGAUGUCCAGAACACUAGGCAUCACCAGGUUUGAUCUUUUGGGAGACUUUGGCAGAUUUAAUUGGCUGGGAAACUUUUACAUCGUCCUUUCGUACAACCUGCUGUUUGCAGUUGUGACAACACUUUGUCUCGUGAGGAAAUUCACCUCAGCGGUCCGGGAAGAGCUCCUGAAGGCGUUAGGUCUGGAUAAAUUGCAACUGUCAAACAGCCCCACAGACCCUGAAUCUGGGAAGCUCUCGGCCAAUGGGCAUCAGAAAACUCUGUGAAAGGGACGAUAGAUCAACACACGCAUACACACAUGCACAGACACCUACACACGUAAAUGCAGCCAAAGGGAUAUUUCGACAGUACUGCCUGACUGCUGAAAGGUGAAAAGGAUUGGAAGGAACUUAAUAAACCCAGGCAGUGUCUGACGGAUGCUGCAAAUGGAGGCUGAGAGCAAUUUAGCUUCGUGACAUUCCAUCCUCUGCGUCUCGGAUGGAAGCUGGGACAGGGCCAGGGCUGAGACUGAGGAUUGAAAUAGACUGGCAUCACUGCAGUGACCUUGAAGUUGACCUCAACCACGACUGUGACUUCAAACCACCCAUCUUUUGCUUCAGGGGCAUUCUCUCCCUCCCUCUGCCCAUUCUCUUACAACCUUUACACCACCGCACUACACAGAAGCAACCAGAGUCUUACAUUUACCUCUGUGUUCACUAACAUAAAUUUCACCUACACAAUUCAAUUAGACAGUUUUUUUAUUUUAUUUUAUUGUUAAUAUGUCUGUGACAGUGAGGCAGGGUGCACUCACAGUUAAGGGUCUUUAAUCGUAGAGGGUUUUUGCUGUUGUUGUUCUAAUGUUAACUGAUACAGGCGUAAUGAGGUGUCAGUUUGUCAAAAAAUGUGAAAAAUAACCAAGAGCUUUGUGAAGCGUGAGGACGAGUCAUUUAUUCCCACUCAUCACGGCUGGUCUGUAAAACUGCACAGCAUCAAUACGGCUCACAUAUUGUGAAUUAGGCACUGUCAUUCUUAAUAAAAGGGCCUCAAAUUUUUAGCACUCGGGACUGUCAUCAGUCAUUUUAUCUGGCUUUACUCCAAGUGCGCUUUAACUUUAUUGAUGAUGUCAUUAGUUUGUAUGAAGUAGGAUGAGAACUUUUUUUUGGGUGCUCCAGAUUUGACUUGAGCGGCUCCACAAAUGGGAAACUAUGUGGGAGUUUUAUUUCACUUCGCUUCCAAUGAGCAGGUUUGAAA